AUGGUUGCACAGGAUCAAAUGGACAAACUUCUAAGUAAAUUGGAACAAAACGAGCCAGAGCUUGCAACGACGCAGGAAGAUGAGUGCGUGAUAUGCGUGAACGCUCGAGCAACAAUGCAGACUUUACCUUGCGCUCAUCAGGUUGUUUGUCGGCGUUGCUUCGUCAAGACUAUCCAGAGUGCCGUAGCGCAGCGCGUACUACCUCUACGAUGUGUUAUUUGCAGAGCGCGAGUUUUGCGUCUUCAAACCGGGAACGAAUCUUGGGGCCUUCAAGGCUCAGCCAGCAGUUAUUCCGUCUCCAGUAAGAGUUGGCGAGUAUCAGGGUCUUCCAGUUCAUAUAGUGUUGGUACCCAAUCUUUGGGCCCACCCGGAGUUCCUCCUUCUGUCAGCCUAUAUUCCAUGAGUUCCGGCUCCUCAUGCGGAUCAGGUGUAUCUUCCACUUCAUCGAGUGGUGGUGCUUCGAAUCAUCACACGAGUUGUUCGAGCACUUGUUUGGGCGCAGUUCCAAAAAUGCCACAAAACCGUUCCUAUCCUAGAAGGCUUCAAACGCACCCCAUAAAGUUAAGAGUGCCAGAACCUCCAGGACGUCUGCCACCAAUCAAAGAAUUACCACGAAGUCCUGCGCGUACUUACACUCAGCCUUCCGUUAACAGCGCUUCCUCUUCAUCUACUCGCAUUCGAUGUGCACAAAAACUCGUAACACAAUUAGAAGCUACCCCGCUGCUUGGACACGAGCUCCAUAAUCAAAAGUUAGCAGAAAAAUUAGAUAAUAGAAAAAAUGAACUAGUAGAGAAAGUAAAAGAUGAAAAAUGCAAACAGAAAACUGAGAAAGAGGUAAGAAAGGAGGAGAAAAAGCAAGUUAAAGAGCUAGAAAGACAAGCCAAACUUCUUGCCAAAGAAGAAAAAAAAAAGACUAAAAAGGAAAUGAAACAGUCGUUGUUGGGAAAUAAUAAAGACAGAAAAUGAAUGAAUACAUCACACCAAACACACGACAUAUUGUCUUUCUUAAUUUGAAAUCAAAAAUCUUCAGAAGUCAAUCAGAUACUAUACAUUUUCGGAUUUCAGAUUGAAUGAAUCAGAAUCUACUCAUAAAAAUAAAUCAACUAACAAACUAAAUGGGCAAAGUAAAGAGAAAAAUGAUGAUGAUAGUCAGAACUGAGGAAAAGAUUUUGAAGGUUAUAGAUAAAAAAAAAUGAUAUCAAAAGGCUUUUGGGGCAUUGCUGCAGAAUAAUAAAAAGGUCAAAAAAUACUAUUCAGGUAUAAUAAAAACAUGUCAUAAAUAGGAAGGACAACUACUGGGUUGCCUUCAAAACAGCUAUCUAAUUGGAAGGCAACCCACAAAACAAUUACUAAAUAUCUUCAUAACAGACGAAUAAAAGAUGAAGAAAAGGGGACCUAAAAAAAUUGUUGUUUAAUAAUUAUAAAUUAGUGUGGUAUAGAUUUAUAA